AUGAAAUUUUCACUUCCACAAAUGACGAUAAAAUCACAUUACGAAAUGUCUGGAAGAAUUUUAAUUCUUCCAAUAUCUGGAAGCGGUCCAUCGUAUUUAAUACUACGCGAGUUAACGUUCACGUAUGAUUUCCCAUACGAAAUAUCAAAAAAAAAUGGAAAAGAUUAUGUGAAACCUAUAAAAGGACAAAUAACAUACGAUUUCAAAGGAAUGAAAUUACAAUUUGAUAAUUUAUUCAACGGUGAUAAACUUUUAGGACCGGAAACGAAUAAUUUCUUAAACGAAAAUUGGAAAGAGGUUAGUAAAGAAUUAGGUCCUGGAGUCGCUGAAGCUUUGGCCGAAGUCGUUCAUUUAAUUCUUUCAAACGUAUCCGAUUUGGUACCUUACGACGAUUUGUUUCCGGAAAAAUUGUAA